GUUUGGGGUGUAUGUAGUUCAUAAUCCAGUCACGUGUAUCCCUAGUUCUUUCCUUUCGAACGAUUCAUAUUUCCUUAGUAUGUACCCAGGUACACUUCCCUUAUCACGUCAAUCCCUAACAUAUCCAUAUCCAUCUCUAUUGGGGCAAUCGCCGCCCAAAGUUCAUUAUUCUACCAUAAUUCUACUUCAUCUAACUCUUCGCAUUACGGACAAUUCUAGUGCCACCUCUACUUCUACGCAUCACUUCAUUGACUUCUAAGGCAAAUUAAUAUUUGUCAGCAAAGUUCUUUACCUACUAGAGCCACCAUAAACCAUCACCUUUAAGGACACCCCCUCUAAAGCUACCCAAGAUGUCGACCGCCGCUCGUCGUCGUUUGAUGCGAGACUUCAAGCGAAUGCAGACUGACCCUCCGGCUGGCGUUUCCGCUUCUCCGGUUCCUGACAAUGUCAUGACUUGGAAUGCCGUUAUCAUCGGGCCCGCCGACACACCGUUCGAAGAUGGAACAUUCCGACUCGUGAUGCACUUCGAAGAGCAAUACCCGAACAAGCCUCCCGCAGUCAAGUUUAUUAGCCAGAUGUUCCAUCCCAACGUCUACGCGACCGGAGAGCUUUGCCUCGACAUCCUACAGAACCGAUGGAGCCCUACCUACGAUGUUGCAGCCGUCCUCACGAGCAUCCAAAGCCUGCUCAAUGACCCCAACACCGGCUCCCCGGCGAAUGUAGAAGCUUCCAACCUCUAUAAGGAUAAUCGCAAGGAGUACACCAAGCGAGUCCGCGAGACCGUGGAGAAGAGUUGGGAAGAUUAAGCUAGAGCCUGGGCUUUCUGCAGUGAUCAGACAGCUUGAGGUGUGUAGGACACCUCUCGAUCAUGAUUCAUGUAUGGCUGGGAUGAUGACGCUCAGAACAUUGGAACUUGCACAAACAUUGUGGCAUAUAGCGAUGCCGUUUCGGCUUAUGGCAAGUGUCGUCUGCGAGGGGCUUCAGUUAGGGUUUGGCGUUUGGUAGGCGUCGAACAGGAAGGGCUAUCGCAUUUCGGUGGCUGAUUGUGCUCUUGGGAGACUUCUCCUUAACGCUUAAAUGAUCAUUUUAUUAGCCACUGCUUUCCUAGGUCCCCGCAUCAGCUCCGGCGUUGUUGUUUCUUUCUUUGCUAGGGAAUGCCGGACAUGCUUUCUUCGUAGUUAAUUAGUUCGCGAUGAAUUACAAAGAAUGACCCAAA